AUGUCACGAGCAAAUCCAAAUAAACACAAGCAGAAGGAAGCGGUACUCCUGAAGGGAGGGUCAGCCCAAACCUUCCGUGGCAUGCUGGCAUAUGUGCAGAAUCACUCUCCGAGCAUCGUCGUGUUCGAGAAUGUAGAUACCAUGGACGACAGGGGCGAUGCUACUUCCAAUCUCGAUAUUCUGCUCGCAGAAAUGAAAGCAGCGGGCUCGGCACUCAUGGAGUUUGGCGAGAGGUCUAUUUCAUCCAUGUUUGCAACGGUACGGGCCGUCAUGUCAUCGUGCGUACGUACCCCUUGCUGUGCCACGGAGAUUUUUCUUCCACGUGACCAUGCUUUUGCGGUCUCUGACCUGGAGAUCCGCCAGAAAAAGCAGGAAAAGCGAAGGGAGCUCCAGGCAAAGUCGGGACCCACGGCUCAGACUUGGAUGGAUUCGCACAUGUCUUUCGCAAGAAGUCUCAAGUUUCGUUGGGGCGAAGCCGUGCCCCGAGAACUCAAGGAGAAUGAGUGGUACCAGACACUUACAGAGCGAGAGCAAGAUGCCUUACGGCUGGCCAAGAUCCAAUCGCAGUCGCUGCUAUUUCGUGAUAUCUCCCAAGCAGUGGGCAGAGUGAAUAGCCCGACACUCGAUUCAAUCACCGGUGUGCAUGUGUUGCCGACCAUUUUGCCGAAAAUGCAGCUGUGGUACGAGAAACAAUCCCGUAUAUGGCUGGGAUGCGAAGCCAUGAUAUGUCAAGGCUAUCCAGUUUUGCCACUGCUAGCAACGUAUGAAGCAGUGAAGCGGCCUCAGGCCUGGACAGCAACGGAAGUUUUGAUGCAAGAACUCGCCGGUAAUGCGAUGGCCCUCCCAGUGGUGCUGGCGAUCUUGCAGAGCAUGUUUGUAUCCUUUUCAUGGGCACCUGCCGCUGCUGAAGCCACGACCGCGCACACACUUCGGAGAGCAGUCAGCCAGGAGGACGUGCUUCAGGCUCUGUCAGCGCUUGCGCAGGUCUCUGACCGUGCCGAUGCACCUAAAGCGAGGAAUGCUCCCACGUCGCUGGAAGAGCGUAUCCGCAAGCGGGCGAAGCAGAAGCAUGAGGCCAAAGGUCGCUGA